UGAGCACGAGAUUGUCGUGUUCCAUCGCUUGAAGAUGAAGUUGGAACAGCCAAAACAUUCAUCUACCGAGAAAACCGUCGGAGUCGAGUUUUCUCGUCGAUGGCGCUUACCACAGUUCGCAUUACAGAUGGAAUCUGUCCCGUCUUCUCCUCAGGUGGUUCCAGAAGAGCUCACAAUCUCCAUUUUUCCCACCUCAAGUCAACCCAAAGAUGGACCUCCGUCGCCGCGGCUGGACGCCGUCGGUAUAGAGCGAAAGUGACUGCGACGGUGAAUCCGUAUUCGAACACGGAGGCGGCGCGGCCAGAGGAGAGGAAGAGCUUGAGGGAUUUUUUGUCUGAAGCUGAAAAUUUUUACACAUCAGACGGCGGAGAUGGAGGUCCGCCUCGGUGGUUCUCUCCAUUACAAUGUAGUUCACACGCUCCAGGAUCUCCUCUUCUCCUCUAUAUACCUGGGAUGGAUGGAACUGGAUUAGGGCUCAUUCGCCAGCACAGGAGACUUGGAGAGAUAUUCGACGUAUGGUGCCUUCACUUUCCAGCUACGGAUCGUACACCUGCUCGAGACAUUGUGAAACUCAUUGAGAGAACAGUUAGGUCAGAGUACUACCGUGUCCCAAACAGACCCAUCUAUAUAGUCGGAGAAUCUGUUGGAGCUUGUCUUGCUCUAGAUGUUGCAGCGAGUAACCCUGACAUUGAUAUUGUCUUGAUUCUUGCUAAUCCAGUCACACGCGUGAACAACUUCAUGUUGCAACCUUUAUCGAGUCUACUGGAAACACUGCCAGACGAAGUUCCAAGCUUGAUAGAAGAUAAUUUUGGGUUUAGAGAAGGUUAUCCGUUCUCAGCAAUGCUCGAAAGUAUGCUGAAAGAAACUGUCGCGCAGAUGGGUGGAGGGCUCUUAGGAGACCUCUUUGAAGCCUCAGCUAAUCUCCCUACUCUGAUUAGGAUCUUUCCUAAGGACACACUUCUAUGGAAGCUUCAACUGCUUAAGUCUGCUUCAGCAUCUGCUAAGUCCCACAUGUACACUGUCAAAGCCCAAACACUAAUACUUCUGAGUGGACGCGACCAGUGGUUACCCAACAAUGGAGACAUUGAAAGACUCCGUUUUGCAUUGCCAAAAUGUGAAGUCCGUGAGUUUUAUAAUAAUGGACAGUUCCUCUUCUUGGAGGAUGGCGUAGAUCUUGCAACUAUCAUCAAAAUUUCUUAUUACUAUCGCCGUGGGAAAAUACUUGAUUACAUUUCAGAUUACACUCUGCCUACUCCUUAUGAGCUCAAAGAGUUUGAACAAUCGCAAAGGUUGCUAACAGCUGCUACUGCUCCAGUAUUUCUCUCAACGCUAGACGACGGUACAGUAGUAAGAUCACUUGAAGGAAUACCUUCGGAAGGACCGGUUCUGUAUGUUGGCAAUCACAUGCUGUUUGGUCUCGAACUGCGUCCAGCAGCUAUUCAUUUCUUGAAAGAGAGAAACAUUCUGUUGCGUGGCCUUGCACAUCCAGUGAUGUUUACCAAAAAGAUAGGCUCAAAGCUCCCUGACAUGCAGAUGUUCGACUCAGCUAGGAUUAUAGGCGCAGUUCCUGUCUCGAAUAUGAACUUCUACAAGCUGCUUCGUUCAAAGGCUCAUGUGGUUUUGUAUCCUGGAGGUGUCCGUGAAGCCUUGCACAGAAAGGGUGAAGAAUACAAGUUGUUUUGGCCUGAACAUUCCGAGUUUGUGAGGAUUGCAUCUAAAUUUGGAGCAAGAAUCAUUCCUUUUGGUGCUGUUGGAGAAGAUGAUCUCUGUCAAAUGGUUUUGGAUUACAAUGAUCAAAUGAAGAUACCUUUCUUGAAGAAUCUCAUAGAAGAGAUAACACAUGACACUAUUAAGCUGAGGAACGAUGAAGAAGGAGAAGUGAGGAACCAAGAUUUGCAUAUGCCUGGAUUCAUUCCAAAGAUUCCGGGACGGUAUUACGUAUAUUUUGGGAAACCGAUUGAAACAAAAGGUAGAGAGAAAGAGCUACAUGAUAAAGAGAAAGCUCACGAGGUUUACUUGGAGGUCAAGUCUGAAGUAGAAAGAUGUAUGACCUAUUUGAAGACCAAAAGAGAAACUGAUCCUUACAGAAACAUACUGCCGAGGUUGCUUUAUUACCUCUCACAUGGUUUCUCUUCUCAAGUCCCAACCUUUGAUCUCCCUAAUCAUUAAACUUAAUAUGUGUUAAAUUUUCGAACAACAUCUACUAUAUACUAAUAUUAAUGGGAGAUAAGUGUUGUUUUAAACGAAAGCUUUAGUUUGAUAUACUUUACAAUGAGUA